AUGUCAUCCCGUCGUGUUAUUGUAAAUUCUACCGCCAGUGGUUCAUUAAAUGAUAGAUUCACUCAAAUGAAAAAAGUUGGUUUAAGCCCACAAAGAAAAACCUCAAGAGGCGGUUCAACAACUGUCACCAUCAACAAUGGUUCUACUAGCAGUGGUCGUGGUGGUUCAUUCUCUUCAUCAAGAGGUGGCCGUGGUGGUCAAGUUUCUACUCGUGGUGGUCGUGGUGGUUUCACUUCAUCAAGAGGUGGUUCAACUGGUGGUCGUGGUGGUUUUAAAGGUGGUCGUGGUGGUCGUGGAGGUUUCAAAGGUGGUCGUGGUGGUCGUGGUGGUAGUCGUGGUGGUAAAAGAGAAAAGACUCCAAGCAAAGAAGAACUCGACCAAGAACUUGACGAAAUCUCAAACAGUAACGCUAUGAAAGAAUAA